AAACAACUCAAGAUGUUCAAGUCAAUCAUCCUCGCCGUCUUCGCUCUGAUUGCCUGCGCUGCAGCCAAGCCAGGAAUUGUGGCUCCACUGGCCUACUCCGCGCCCUAUGUGGCAUCUCCGUAUGUGGCAUCAUCGUACGUGGCAUCCCCCUAUGUGGCAUCGUCGUACGUGGCUUCCCCCUAUGUGGCAUCUCCAUAUCUUGCAUCGCCCUACGCUGCUGCCUACACCGCUCCCCUGCUCCUCAGGAAGUAGGAAGAUUAAGACGACCCGGCAAACACAUCUGCAAAAACUGAAUAUGAAUAAACAAAACUGAA